AUGGUUUCCAUCCUCAGUUGGAAAAGGAACCACGCAGUGACUUGCACCCCUGUGGGACCCCAUUGCUCCCCCAAUCCUAGGGUCCGAGGAUGGCUCAUGCUGGAUUCUUACCUACCUACCUUUUUCCUGACGGUUGCGUAUCUGGUCUUCAUAUGGCUGGGUACCACAUUGAUGAAGAACAGACCUGCUUUCUCACUCAGGGGUCUCCUUAUCGUAUAUAACCUGGGAGUCACACUUCUUUCAUUUUACAUGCUUAUAGAGCUAAUUCUUGCCACUUGGGAAGGAGGCUAUAACUUGCAGUGCCAGAACCUUACAAGUGCGGGAGAAUCUGACGUCCGGGUGGCCAAGGUGUUGUGGUGGUAUUACUUUUCCAAAGUCAUUGAAUUUGCUGACACCAUUUUCUUUGUGUUACGGAAGAAAAACAGUCAAAUUACUUUCCUUCAUGUUUAUCAUCACGCCACCAUGUUUAACAUCUGGUGGUGUGUCAUGAACUGGAUACCUUGUGGUCAAAGUUUCUUUGGACCCACCUUGAACAGUUUUAUUCAUGUCCUCAUGUAUUCCUACUAUGGUUUGUCUGUGAUUCCAUCCAUGCACAAGUAUUUGUGGUGGAAGAAAUACCUCACACAAGCACAACUGAUUCAGUUUGUGCUCACAAUUACACACACGCUCAGUGCCGUUGUGAAACCAUGUGGCUUUCCCUUUGGUUGUCUGGUCUUCCAGUCCUCGUACAUGACAACGCUGGUCAUUCUGUUCAUUAACUUUUAUGUUAAGACAUAUCGGAAAAGACCUUCAAGGACGGAAUUGAAAGAUGUCUCUCCUGUGACAGAAAUCAAGAACGGGUACCACAAAGAGUACAUCAUGGCAGCUAACGGCACUCUGAACAAUAAAAAAGCGCAAUAAGUAGUAUACUUUAAUAAUACACUGUAGUCUACAAACUUCCUCCCAGAUUUUUUCCUAAAUGAGACCGAGGGCAAUCCUAAGUGGGUCUACUCAGAAGUAAGUCUCGUUUUAUUCACUGGGGCUUACUCCUAGGAAAGUGUUCUUAAGAGCCUGAGUUGAUCAUACAAUUGUGCAGCCGUAGGGCAACUUUGGUUUCAGUUUGGUUACAAGUAUCUUACUCCCAAAUGCUUAACUCAGCUGUUGUUUAAGGUUAAAAAGGCAACGUAGUUUUUAAUAUUUUGAUAAAAACCACCAGCAAAAUGAUGUUAGGGGUGGCUGCUAUUAUAAUCUUUAUCACUCAGUCAAAA